AUGUGCCAAGGGGAGUUUGAGUUGGUCUGCGCUGCCGUCAAGGAACAAGGGCCUGUGGGUGACCAGGAGAAACUGCUGGUGUACAGCUUCUACAAGCAGGCCACUCAGGGAGACUGCAACAUACCUGCCCCUCCAGACUCUGACAUGAAAGCCAAGGCCAAGUGGGAGGUGUGGAAUGUGCACAAAGGAAUGUCCAAGAUGGAUGCCGUGAAGGUCUACAUUGCCAAAGUGGAAGAGCUGAAGAAAAAGGGGCUGGUUAAGGGCACAUAA